AUGGGUUAUCGGGAACAGAUAAAUCUCAUACAAUUGAAGAGCAUAUUGGAGAUGGAGAGUCACGAAGAGAAGAUUAAAGAUAUUAUGGCAAGGGUUAGUGCGUCAAACUACCCGAUCCCUCGCUUAUUUUAUGACAGAACAAGGAAGCAGAGGCAAAAGAAGAAAUCAAGCGCCUUGCACGCCAACUCGAGCUCUAGCGCCGCGAGCAGCAAAAGCGUGCAGCAGCAUCCGGCGCAGGAGCGCUUCGAUGCUCCAGAGGUCCCGGUGGCACGUGCUGCAUUACCUGAACUUGCGGCCAGCACUCGCACCCAGUCCAAGGGCAGCGGUAUGAAGCUCAGCCAAGCAAGCAGAGCUCCUAGAGCUCUCAGCUGCGACCUAGUCUCCGAAGAGCUUUCUGGCUCACCCACGCCUUCUAUCUCCGAAUCACUCCCAGCGCCAGCUCCCACAAGAGGCAGCCUGUCCUCAAAAGAGACUAGGACAAUAUCCUCGAUGUCAAUGGUCGCAAAUGCAGCUCAAAGUUCGGAACUCGGGACCACAAGCUCGGGUCAGACGAAGCUCUCCAUAUACCCCGCAUCCAUACCCGACCUCGUGCUACUCGACACCCCGUCCGCAUUAGAAAAACGAAUUGGAAUAGGUAUCAUAGACCGGUGGAUAUCUGUUGAAGAGAAGGUGGAGUCUCGUAUAAAAUCUUUCCGCGACCCGACAGAGCCCUUGAAUCCCGGACUACUCUACACCGGAAUUUCUGCCCUGACAACAUCCGUCCUUACUCGCUCGCGCGCACUCCCUACACGCAUCCUUCUUCCGCCCUGUAGCUCUAGCUGGCGCAGCUUGAAGAUCGUUAUGUUCCCCGCUUUGGAGAGAUCAGAAAAACUUCUAGUUGCGCACAGCGGCAUUGCAUGGGAGCGCGCAAAAGAAGGCGCUGCUGCUGGGCGGGUGUCGGUUAAUAAUGGUGUGAAGAGCGUUGUGGAGAGCAUUGAGCAAGGAACGGGGCUUAAGCUGAAAGCUAUGGGUUGGGCGCAGGAAGUGAAGAAGGAGGCGCAGAGCGUUGCUAAUGUGGCUCAAAAGGAUAUCAAGGAGGCUAUUGAGAGCAAAAGCUCGAGUGCCGACUCGUAA